AUGGAGGCCAAAGUCAAGGCCGAACUGGACAGGCAAUUCCUGGUCACCCGUCUGUUCGAACGACUACGAAAUGAGGCUCCUGCCUACGAUUGGGAUGACACCAUUGCCCCUUUCCAUUCGUCCUACGACAACUGGCACGUACAUGGCCACCGCCGUGCUUCACAGUCCGCCGAUCGCAAGUCGAGCAAACCAUCUAGCAGGACUGCAAGUGCAAGCAGGGACCGCCGAAAGGACCGCGAUUCGGAGAAGACAAAGGACAAGGACAGCGAACGACGCGUGUCGGAUGCGAACCUGGGUUAUGAUGUCGUCGCUCGCAUCUCCCGCCACACAACUCGCCUCGAGCGUGAGUUUGGUCUCGCGAAAAGACUCAAGUCAGAAGACGACCCAGAGUGCCGCCACUUCAUAGAUCCUGUCGAGUUCCGCCGAUUGCCUGCACGCCAACCUGGAGAAGUCGGUCUCGUCGCCUUCAUCGCUCGAGCUCCUGACAAUGGUGGGAACUACAUGAAAGAGCUUGCGGAAUUCGGACCAAACCUACAACGCACACAACUUCCUACCUCACCUGUCAGCCCUCAUGGUAGCCCUGAGCUUCAGCAACUACCCUCUCCAGAGCCGCUCCCUAUUCAUCUCUUUUUAGACUUUGCUAUAGGUGCAACUGAAUGUUGCGAGAUCCUGCAUCAUAGCAGAGAGCUGGUUCAUGGAGAGCUUCGUGGCGAUGCCUUCUACUUCAGUAAGGCACUUCGAACGGUGCGGUUGAUCAAUUUCGGUUCCGGUGCUCGAUCCUUUGAGAAUGGUCUCACGUCAGCUGGCUGGAGCUCCAUCACGUCCGAAGCCGGCGUUGAAACCCGCCUUCAAUUUAUCGCGCCAGAACAGACUGGACGUAUGCCUGCCGAACCGGACACAAGGACUGACAUAUACUCGCUCGGCAUUCUGUUCUGGACCAUGCUGACAGGAAAGCCCGCAUACGGUGGGGACAAUCCUCUCGAGAUCAUGCAGAGCCUGCUAUCGCGCCGCGUUCCUGCAGUUGACAGCGUUCGCACUGACGUGCCUCAGAUCAUUUCCAACGUCAUACAGAGGAUGACACAGAAAAAGAUGAACGACCGCUACCAAUCUUCUUCCGGUCUAAAGCAUGAUCUAGUCGAGAUCAAGAGGCUACUUUCUGAAGGAAAUGUUGACGCACUGCAGUCUUUCAAGCUCGGAUCGAAAGAUGUCUCUUGUUUCUUCAACCUACCCAACUCGCAAAUCGGACGUGAUGAGCAACGAGAACUGAUUCUCGAAGUUAUAGAGAGCUCUGCCUUGCGAGCCUCCCAAGCCAUCUCGCACUCCAAGAAGGGCUUGUAUAGUUUGAGCUCUCAUUCGUCAGCUUCAGUUUCCACCCCUACCCAACCCGACCGUCAUGAGAAUGGAAUCUUGGACGAUAUCAUGUCUCAGAGCACAGGUUCUGGUGACCAAGAACUGAAGCCCUCCGUUUCCAUAGACAGAAGUGAUGCCUUGAAGCUGCAGCACGAACCCAGCUCUCAAGAGAGCAUUGUGGCUCACACCAGUGUUCAGCAUGAGCACAAGCCAUCUCUCGAAAGUCGACCCUCAGUGUACAACCUUGAGAGUAGUCAAAGAUCUAAUGUUUCGAACUCAUAUACUGGACAUGGUGAGGGAUCGGUCUUACGUACCGCACAACAGCUAAAGCAAAUUGGGCAUACUGAGAUUCUAUGCCUGAGUGGUGCUGCAGGACUCGGAAAAAGCUCUCUUCUACACGACGUGCAAAACAUGUCAAGGAAAUACGGCUACUAUGCAUCAGCUAAAUUCGACCAAGUCAAACGGGCGCCCUUCGAGCCAGUUGUGCGCGUUAUGAGCUCUCUGUUUCGUCAAAUCUUCUCUGAAGGUGAUGUUUCAACUCCUUUCCACGACAAUAUCCGCACAUAUAUCAAGCCAUACUGGGGCUUCUUGUCUGGCUUUCUGGACCUUCCACCUUGGCUACUCUCACAGUUUCCCACUCAUCAAACACCUCUGAGUACUGAUUUGGCCUCAUUACGGCUACCUCGUGAAAAAUGUGGCAGCAGUGGAGACACGGCAUCUGAUUGGCUACGCGCUGGAGGAAGCAACUCGAGCAAGUCAAAUCGCUUCGUUCGCACCUUCCUUGACGUGCUACGAUUAUUAGCGCUGCAGAAGUUCAUCUGUAUUACGCUAGACGACUUGCAGUUCGCGGACGAGGAGAGCAUUGAUCUCCUGAUCAGCAUUGUUCAGGUCAAAAUACCCCUGGUCCUCGUUCUAACAUAUCGUGAUGAGGAGGUUCUGCCUACCAAGCUUCGAUCUCUACUUGAGAAAGCAACAAAGAUUGAUCUCAAGCCUUUCAGUGAGGUAGAGACGUCCCAGUACGUGGCAAUGACCUUACAUCGCUCUCCCGAGUACGUCUUACCAUUAGCUGCGGUCAUUCAGCAAGCGACUCUGGGCAACCCAUUCUUUGUCCGAGAGAUGCUCGACUCUUGCUAUCGAAAGCACUGCAUAUACUACUCAUGGCGAUCUUCACAAUGGGAGUUCGAUCUUGAUAAAACUUUCGACGAAUUUGCUUCACCGGAUGCUGACCAAUUCUCGACGAACAACUACCUCGCAAAACGAUUGAAAGACUUGUCAGAUGAUUGCAAAUCUGUGCUCUGCUGGGCUAGUUUCAUCGGCAAUACCUUCUCCUUCACUCUCGUGAAACAGGUGAUGAGCUGCGAUUGUUCCAAGAAAUCCAAAGACGAAUAUUUGCCUCCGAAAAAGGAUCCGGUGGCAGGCUUGCAAGACGCCAUCAGUUCUUAUAUCGUUGUCGCGACCGAGGACGAAGACAGGUUUAGGUUUUCUCAUGAUCGGUAUAUGCAAGCUGCUGAGCUGCUCGCUGAUGACUGUCGUAAGGAAGAAAUGCAUUACAUCAUCGCGGCAUCUUUGAUGUACCACGAACCAUACAACCCUGCUACCAAACCAACUCAGCUUCUCUUCGACCAAGCCAGGAACAUUUGUAAUGCAGUUGAAGCCAUCCAAGCUCGGCCUACUCUUGCUAAGGGCCCGUAUAGAGACCUUCUGUACCAGGCAGCGGAAACCGCAAGGGAGCAGGGAGCCAGAUCGAUAUCAUUGUACUUUUUCCAGCAUUGCCUGAUGCUCCUGUCUGAUGACCCUUGGAAAGAGAACUCUUCGGAGGGUUCAUAUCAAGAGACGUUGACCUUGAUGACCAAGGCUGCCGCGGCUUACUGGUAUCUCGGAUUCUUUGACGAGGCCGAGGUCAUCCUCAAGGAGAUCUUGACGAACGCCAAAGCAGCUGCCGACAAGACGCCAGCGUUCAUAAUUCAGAGUCGCAUGCAUGCUCAAAGAGGUGAUUCACACAUCGCCUUCCUGAACAUGAAGCGAGCAUUGGCAGAUCUGGGCAUCGAAAUCGUAGAUACAACCUACGAGGAAUGUGAUGAAGAAUUCCGUGAGAUUGUGAAGCUUGUUAGCGUCACCGACCGACAACUUUUCGAGAGUCGAGAUGCAGAAGUUGACCGCGACCUGUUCACGCUUGGAGCAGUGUUGGUAGAGCUUUUGAGUGCUGGAUUCUGGACUGACUCCUUACUGUUCUAUUAUCUGACCUUGAAGAUGAUGAGAGUCUACCUCCAGAGAGGCAUCUUCCCGCAGGUUGCCGUCGGGUUCAUUCACCUUGCAUCUAUUGCCAUUGGUCGUUUCGAGAUGUUGGAGGAAGGUCUUGAGCUCGGCAACACAGCCUUGAGGCUUUUCGACCUCUUCGACACUGAUUCGUACACGAUUGGCCGCGGUGUCACGCUACACAGCCUCUUCCUUGGACACUUCGUUUCAGACAUUGCUGACCAAGUACCUGCGUUGGAACGUGGUAUGGAAGCUACUAUCCUCGCUGGCGACAAGCUCGUCCACCUUCUAAAUGUUGGUGUCAUGUGCGCUUACAAGUUGUGGAGCUCUCAUAACUUUGAGGAUGUCACUGCUUACAUACAAGAUCAAUACGAAAACUUCCCAGAAUGGCCAACUGACCUGCGUGGAGGCGUCUUCCUGGUCUCAGUCCGCCAAUUCAUGCAAGCACUCCAGGGCAGAACAAAUUGGCGCCAGCCUGCUCACAUCUUCGACGAUGACACUCACCAGACGCAGCAGUACGUUAAAUUUUUGGAGUCACAUACCGGCGCUGCUACCCGGCCACUCUUCUUCUAUGACAGCUACAGGUUAGCUAUCCUAUACAGAUUCGGAUAUUGGAGAGAAGCUCUCGAGAUCGGCGAAUCUGUUCUGCAGUCCAUAUCCAGCGUUUGGUGUAUGCGACAUGCAUACUAUGACUACUUCUACAUUUCCAUGGCUAUGAUCGCCAAGCUGCGCGAAGAGCCUAAUUGUUCGGACCGUAAGCUCAUCCUCGAGAAGAUUUACAGGUUCAAGGGCAAGAUUGAGACCGCAAGCCGCGUCAAUGAGGCAAACUUCGCUGUUUGGUUGCACCUUCUUCGUGCCGAGAUUGCCGAUAUUGAGAUGAAAUCCGAUGAGGCUACUCUUUCAUAUGAGGCCGCUGUCGACCACACAGUUGUUCAUGGCCUUUUGUCAGACGAGGCACUCUGCUACGAGCUGUACGGAGACUUCCUGGUCAGGAGAGGAGCUACGAGACCUGCCCGUUCUAUGAUUCGGGAUUGUAUUUCUGCAUAUCGCCGAAUCUCUGCCUCGGCCAAAGCCACCCAUGUUAGCGAGAAGCAUGAGUUCUUGCUUCUUGGUUCGAGGACUUUUGGCUAUGCUGAUGCAGGCACGCAGACAGCAGAAAAUGAGAACAUCUCGUUCUCUAUGGUACAGAACGAAGUCCCUCAGACAUCCGACGACAGGACUCAGGCCUGGCUAAGCCCCUCCGCCAACACGGUUCCUCAUCAGCAUGAGACACAGCACGAUCUUCAGGGUGGAUUCUCUGCAGUCGGACUUGAUAUGAUCGACCUUGCCAGUAUUUUGGAGUCCUCGCAAUUGUUGUCCUCGGAGCUCAAGGUCGACAAGCUACUGUCGAAGCUGACAAACAUCAUCGUUGACAGUACUGGUGCUGCACUCUGUGGUCUUGUGGUCAACGAUGAUGAGAUUGGUUGGAACGUCGCAGCUAUAGGAGGUCCAGAUGUCUCAUACCAAGACAAUGUCGGCCAACCGAUCAGCGACAUUGAUGAUCCGCUGUCGAAGCAAAUCACGUUCUACGUCUUGCGAUUCAAGGAGGAGCUCUUCCUGCGUAACGUGCUCGACGACGAGCGCUUCUCAAACAUGCCUGCAAACUGGAGACAGAAGUAUCCUGAAGGCAAAGCUGUGAUUGCCUUGCCUAUCUUGCAUGGAGACGACACACUGCUCGGAUCGAUAUACAUUGAGGGACCUCCAAACUCACUAUCCCAGCGAAACAUCACUGUCCUUCGCCUUCUAGUCAACCAGAUCUCGAUCUCUAUCGCCAAUGCACUGCUCUUCAAGAAGGUUGAGAAGGUCUCGGCUAGCAACUCUACCAUGCUUGGAGUGCAGAGACAGGCUCUUGAACAAGCUCGUGAAGCUGAGCGAAAGGCAAAGAUUGCAGAGGCCAAAGCUAUGGAGAUGGUCAAGCUUAAAGAGGAGGCAGCAAAGGCAAAGAGUAUGUUCUUGGCGAACGUAUCUCACGAGCUGCGUACCCCCCUCAACGGAGUCAUCGGUAUGUCUGAGCUGCUUAAGGGAAGCAGUCUCAACACUGAGCAAGAAGGAUAUGCUGACAGCAUCCGCGUUUGCGCUGAUACUCUGCUUUCGGUCAUCAAUGAUAUUUUAGACUUCAGCAAAUUGGAAGCGGACAAGAUGGCUGUAUAUUCGGUGCAGCUAUCUCUGACACAGACUAUCUCGGAGGUUGUCAGAGCCCUGUCAUACACUAACCUAGAGAGAGGACUGCAGACUGUGGAGAAGCUCGAGAUGCCCGCGGAUCUGCUGGUCAUGAGUGAUCCUGUCCGUUUGCAUCAGAUUCUCAUGAAUCUGCUCAGCAAUGCCUACAAGUUCACUGCCAAGGGAACAGUGACUAUCAGGGCGUUCGUCGAGCAUGAGACUGAAGAGACCGUUCAAGUGACGUGCAGUGUGACCGACACUGGUAUCGGCAUCACAGAAGAACAGCGCAAGAAGCUCUUCCAGCCUUUCAGUCAGGCAGACAGCAGUACCGCGCGCAGCUACGGCGGUACGGGACUCGGCCUUUCAAUCUGCAAAGCCAUCAUUGAAAAGGUAUUGCACGGUACAAUCUGGCUCGACAGCGAGAUUGGCGUUGGUACGACAGUGUCGUUCUCGCUCCCCUUCCAAAAGAUUAGACCUGGUGCCGAAAAUAGAGCUGCCGGACUCCUCGCAGAUUCAACAGCAGCACUAUACCAACCCAGCGAAGCCGAGCGCCAGAAAUCAUCCUAUAUCAGUCUCGCCCACAUCCCUCGCGACAAACUCCGCAUCUGCAUCGCAGAAGACAACCCCAUCAAUCAAAAAAUCGCAAUCAAUUUUGUCAAGAAACUCGGGUUCAAAUGCGAAGCCUACGGCGACGGCCAACAAGCCGUCGACGCCCUCGCUGCCGCCAGCAAAGCAGGAACACCCUUCCACCUCGUUCUUAUGGAUGUUCAAAUGCCCGUUCUGGAUGGCUAUAACGCCACUCGCGCCAUCCGCGCCCAUCCUGAUCCCAUCGUCCAGGAAGUACUGGUAAUCGCCAUGACAGCCUCAGCCAUCCGUGGCGACAAGGAAAAAUGUCUCGAGGCUGGAAUGAACAACUACCUCGCCAAACCCGUACGGGCACAUGUGCUCAAGCAGAUGUUGGAGGGCUAUCUGAACCAGGUCCCAAAGACGAUGACGAAUCUACAACAGCAGGCUAAUCAAUUGAGUCAAGAUAUUCUCGACGAGGCCAGUAUGUAUAGGGGCCCAAAGACAGUGGAGCAGGCAGAGCAAAAGAGCGAGAGGAACUCCAUGGAUGAUGGGGAGCAAACCCCUACACCUGCCACUGCUGCUGCUACUACUUCCUUUUUGCCGACGAGGACUAGAUGA